ACCAUCCCUUUGCUGUUUUAUUUAGCACGAGAUGAAGCAGGUGAAGUGCAAGGAAUAGGGCUGGAAAAAGCACCACAGACACAUUGAGAGGGAUUUGCCUUGGAGAGACAGAAUAAAUUAGAGUCCCUAUCCUUAAUGUUACCUGGAGGGAAAGAAAAGAUGGAUUUGCCAUCCUGGAAAGAGCCUCCUUUGUAAAACGGUAAGUUGUCAGAAGUAAUUGGAUCAAGUGGGAGUAGAGAUUCUAAGAUGAGGAGGAUGCUAUAGUUACUGUAGGCUGAUGUUAAAUGAGGUAGAAAAAAAGGUAUCUGGAACUGUCCUGUGCUGUGUAUGCAAAACGAGAGGAAAAUUGACUUAAUAAACAGCCAGAAGGGAGUACUCCACAGGCUGUUUGGAGCAGAAGGUCGUGCAAGAUGCCACCGAGAAAGUAAUCUCCUCAAGGGCUGCCAGAGUGCCUGGCUUUGGUUUGGAUUUUCUGUGGUACUCAAGGCUUUUGCACGUGGUGUGUACGAGGAGCUGCUGUCCAUCUGGGGUUUGGGAUGGCCACGUUCUGGUCCCCGCGCUGCAUCCUCAGCUUGCUGUCUCUGCAGGAGGCUGCUGCCUCUCGUUUGUUUCUUCCUCCGAAUGCUGGGAGGGAUAAUAAACUCACACUUUCUUUCAUUAUAAGAUAAUUCUGGAACUGAGUCCCUGACAUUUUUACAAUGCUUCAAGUGUGUGAAUGACAGGAUCUUAGAGGAGAGAGUGCUGGCAUUACUGUGGCAUACAUUGAAUAUUAUGGGGAGAUGAAAUGUAGCUUGAUAGUUUGGAGUGUUUGAAAGGAAACAGGGGAAGAAGGGCUGCUGGCUUUUCAGCUCUUCUGGUACUCUCUGUUGUGUUUGAGAAAAUUAGUUGCUCUCUCUAAAGUACAGAAAUUCAGCUAAGCCAACAUUUAAUGGAAAUGUUUUGAGAAAAUCAGUGGAGAGGAGAAGGUUCAGCUAUGAAGUACACAUGGUUUCUAAUUGCCUAUUUCUACUUUCUACUCUGUGAAAAAUACCAAAGCCGUUGAAGGAAAUGAUGUCUGUACUGUGACAUAAAUCUUUAUGCAAAGAGUAAUUAGCUGUCAGUAGCUUUUGCUGCCAUUGAGUACCUGAUUAUAGUCGUGGCUUGACAUCUUUGCUGAAUGAGAGCUGGAGGGAGACAGGACACACCUUCCCUGCUGCCUUUUAAGCUGUUCAGUGCAGAGAAUGGUGGCUGCUUGGGGUUUCCCCAUGGAUUCCUGCAGGAGUCACCCACCUUUUUGCCCUGCUAUGUUCAGAGACUCCUCUUUCCUUCCCAUCCCUUCCAGCUGCAUCACUUGAUCUCUUUCUAUCCUUCUCUCUGUAGAUUUUCCUCUGUUUACUUCCUCUCCCUCUUCCUGUGCUGUUUGUCCCUUUCUCAGGGACAAACAACACGGAUGUCCCUGUGCUGAGAAGGAAGAGGAACCAAAAAAGAGCAGCAAAGUUGGGUGUGAUUCCCUUCUCCAUUUCAGAUAAAGUUUGACAGUAUGGCUGAACCAGAUUUUGUGAGUGCUUGAAAUCCCUCCCUCUCUCCUUGCAUCUUGUGGCAGGCAGCAGUCCAAGGGCAGCACCUCUGAUAUCCAUUCCAUUGCAACUCUGUCCCUUGAAAGCCCGUCUGGCUCUCGAGGUCAGGAACAGUAAGAAGCUCCCCAGCCAAGCAGGAAAUAUUCAGCUUUUACAACUUCUGUGACCUUUGCUGUUGCUGACGGAGCCGUGAGAGCCACGUGGGAGAGCUGUGGCCCGUGGAAUCAGGAUGCUGCUCCAAAAGAGGAGCUGAAGGAACCAGGAGGCAAGGCAGGCUGCACAACCUUCCUGCUACUUCUCGAGCCCUGAAACCACAGCAGAACCUGUCAGCUGAAGGGACAUCGCCAGGAGCUGGUGCCCAGGAGAAGGGCGCGAUGCUCGCCCCCGGCUCCGCUCCGAUGCCAGAGCAGGGCUGGCAAACCGCAGGAGCAACAGGAAGCCUCCAGAACCUGAAGAAAUUUAACAGCCAGGACUUCAGAGACCUGCGAGCCUCGUGCCUGAGCCAAGGGCUGCUCUUUGAGGAUGCCACCUUCCCUGCCCACGUCAGCUCCAUCGGUCCCACGCUGCUCCCGGAGGAGAAGCUGCGGCAGAUCCAAUGGAAGAGGCCAACGGAGCUUCAGAGAAAUCCUUAUUUGAUCAUGGAUGGAGUUAGCAGAUUUGACAUCAUGCAAGGAGAAAUAGGUGACUGCUGGAUGCUGGCUGCCCUGGGCUCCCUGACACUGCGGAAACAAUUCUUGGAAAAUGUUUUACCCAAGGACCAAGGAUUCCAGGACGAUUAUGCUGGGAUUUUUCAUUUCCGGUUCUGGCAGUAUGGAGAAUGGGUGGAUGUAGUGAUAGAUGACCGGCUGCCAUUCCUGAAUGGAAGAUACCUGUCUGUACACCCCCGAACUUCAAAUGAAUUCUGGCCAUCCUUGCUGGAAAAAGCAUAUGCCAAGCUGCAGGGCUCCUACCAGAACCUGAAUGGAGGCUUCCUUUCAGAUGCUUUAGUUGACCUCACAGGCGGAGUCCAAGUGCAGUUUUCAUUGAAGGAUCCACCUCCUGAUCUGGAGGAGAUCCUGAAAGCAGCUGACAGAUCUCGGUGUCUCAUGGGCUGCAGCACCUCAGGCCAGUCAAGGAGGAACAUAGAGCUGAGGAAUGGGAUUGUACAGGGCCAUGCCUACACCAUCACAGGAGCUGUGAAGAUCCCCUACAAGAAUGGCUGGAAACAUAUCAUCAGGAUCUGGAAUCCCUGGGGCCAUGGGGAGUGGAAGGGGCCCUGGAGUGAUAACUCUCCUCAAUGGGACCGUGUUGAGCCUAAAUACAGAGAAGCCCUCCUCAGAAAUAAGGAUGAUGGAGAAUUCUGGAUGUCCUGUAAGAACUUCCAGGAGCAGUUUUCGUGGCUGUAUAUAUGUAACAACACCCCAACCUUCCUGGACUUUGGAGAUGAGCACUGCACAACAACGUGGUCUCUGAACAGCUACACCAACCUGUGGAGCCCGGGCCUUCCCACCAGGAGGAACCGCUAUUCCCAGGCAGGUGCAGCUUCAACAAACCCUCAGUAUUUUUUCAAAGUGCUAGAUCACAGCCCAGAAACCUGUAACGUAGCAAUUUCACUCAUGCAAAAACACGCUGAGCAUGUGCAGGAUGAAAAAAACCUGAGGAUUGGCUUUUUCAUCACCACGGAGAACUCCCGAGUCCUGAAGCAAACCUUCCUCCGGGCUCGAGAUGUGACCAGCUACUUGUUCCUGAGCCCGGGAACCUACACCGUGGUUCCUGCUGCAGCAGAGGACCAGGAAUUCGAAUUUCUCUUACGGAUUUUCAUAAAGAAUCAAGACUACCAUGAGCACUCAAGCUCCCCGACCAGGCCGGUGCUGCCGAUGGAUGUACCAAGACAGAGCCAGGACAGCUCCUAUAAGGCUCUUUUCCUCAGAUACGCUAAGCAGGGCUCAACUAUUGAUGCCUCGCAGCUGCAACAACUCCUUAAUGAAGUGAUCAUGCAAGAUGAAAUGACCAGCCUGGGAGGGAGAUUCAGCUUUGAUUCAUGCAGAGGCAUUUUAGCUCUGAUGGAUCUCAACUCGAAUGGAAGACUCACCCUGCAGGAGUUCGGGAGCCUCUGGCGAAGUCUCACUAAGUACACGGAUAUCUUCUUCAAGGAAGACAGGAACCAUUCUGGAUUUCUUGAUGUUGCUGAACUGGACAAGGCCAUACAGGCAGCAGGUCUGGCCACGGACGCGCAGCUGCUGCGCCUGAUGACGCUGCGCUACGGCGAUGGCGCCGGCAGGGUUGGCUUCUGCGACUUCGUGUGCUGCAUGCUGCGCCUCGACACCAUGACCCAUGCAUUCCAAAACUUAGCAGAGGGUGGAUCACAAAUUUUGAUGACAGCAAUGGAGUGGCUGACUCUUGUCAUGUACACCUAGAGAGAUGCCAUGGGGACUUUUCUUCCUCCUCAGCAGAGCAGUGUCCAAGGCCAUCCCAUACCAAAGCCAUCCACGGAGCCCUUGAAAAACCACAGUGAAGGGGUGAAGCCAGGUGUCCUCAUGCUUGGUGGUACUCCAAGCUGCUGGGAUGAAGAGUCCUUUCCAGGCAAACCGGAGGUGCCUUGGAGAGGGAAGAAUUGCCAGUGAAAGUACUCCAUGGGCAAGCUGGUAGAACUUAAUGGUCUGGGCAAGCUGGAAGUGUUGACUGUGAUCUCCUCUCAUCUUCCUGUAAAUAGUACAGAAGUUAGGAACAGCUCCAUGAACUCCACUACAAAAGAGAACAGACCCAUGCCUUUCAUGUGAAAGGAGUGUAUAAGAUGUAGGUUACAAAAACAGUUAAGACACAGUUUUAUUUUAAUUGUUUCUUCAUUUUCUUCUGUGCCAUUUAUAAGUGCCAGAAAAUGAUUGAAGAAAUUAGUCCUAAUUCAUAAAUAACACCAGAAUAGUUUUUGUUUUCUUUGUACUUUUUAUUAAUAAAUUAGGAAAAAAGAAGUCUUUUGCAUUUUUGAGUUCAUCAACUAUAGAGAUUCAAUUUUAUUUGCUACAGAAAUGGGGUGGCAUAUUAGAGAUACAGAACAAAUUGUUCAGUGCUUUUUUCUGACUUCCAGAAUCUAUAUUGGGACUGUUUGGGAGUAGAAAAGUUUAUCUGAACUGCAUUCUCUUCCUCUGUCCUGAUGUCUUUAAAAAUGUAGGGCUUCUUCAGACAUAAUUCCUGCUCAAAAAUUUAACUUAAACCUGCAAAAUAACUGUAACCUUUCUGUACCCACACAUGAUCUUC